AUGGCAUCCCCUCCAUCCCCACCAUACGAUACGAUCGAAGAUCCUCUGUCCAGUCAGAAAAUCAUGCAGGCCAAUUCUAUCCCAGAACCGAGCGAAUCUCCAAAAUCUCAAUUGCAUGAUGCGAUUGAGAGAAUUCAGUCGUUGCAUAGAAGGAAGGCGCAAAUUAAGACGAUUUACGAGAAUGAGAGACAGUAUUUAGAUCAGAGGAGUCAGAAGACUAAGAGUAGUUUUGAGGGGUUGAUUGUUAGUACGGAGGAACAGAUACAAAGUAUUAAUGAGUUCCCAGCAUUCGACAGUCAUCCAGAUUACACAGAGGUUAAUGGAAAGCUACAUUCAGUAGCACUGGACACAAAAGCUCUAUUUCAAAAUGUCAAUGCAUUGAGCGAGUCAAUUAUCAUGGCAUUGGAUUCUUGGUAUCAGAAAGAGUUUGACAAGUGCGCAUACGAGAUUAAGCUUGCGGAGAAAGAUUACAAGCGUUCUUUCGACACUUGGCAAGAUCUCAUCAAAUCCGGCGACCUCUUCGGCGCAUCCGAACCCUUCAAAUCCUCCGGCCCCACCACCAAUCCCGGUCCCACAUCCUCCCGCUCAUCCCACCAACUUCAAGACGGCCCCGAUCCCCAUAUGUACGCACCAGGUCCUGCGCAAAAUCCCAACACCGGUCUGCAUAAAUCCGAUACCAUUACUUCGCACAAUAAUGCCAGACCACAGAGUAGUAGGACUGCUAGUAUGGAUAUGAGUGGAGCCAUGAAUGGAGGAAGUAUAAAUGGUGGGAAUGGAGGCGUAAGAGGAAGUGGGAUCGGAAAUGGGAAUACAAAUGGAGAUAUGAAUUAUCCGCCUAAUUCUAGCGAGAAGAGAUCAGGGGGGAAGAAGAAACCGUUUAGUUGGUUGAGUGGGGGAAGUGGAAAUGGGAAAUAUAUUGAGUAA